AUGCCCAGUCAAUGCCCAACUCCAUCACAAAUUUCAGUAGCUUCCUCUGCUGCAGCAUUAACUAAUUUAUUACAAUUAGAUAAUAAUAAAAUAUUACAAGAAGAAAUUAGGAGAAAAAGGGUAAAUACUUCUGCUUCUGAACAGGAACGUCUUUUGCGCACAGAACUUUUACUUCAUCGUUUAGAAAAAAAAGUUGAAGAAGAAUUAUUUCCUUGUUCACAAUUAAUAAAAUGGUUAUUUGAUAAAAUAAAUAUUACAACAACUUCAACAAAAAUAAAUUAUUCUUCAAAUCAAGCAACAGCAAUACGCCAAUUAUUUUUAUGUUUUCAAAUGCCAGCAUUAAAUAGACAAUUAAUUUUUGUACUUUUGGAUAUUUGUGUACAAAAAAUAUUUUUAAAUAAAAGAAAAUGA